AUGACCAUGGAAACAAUUGAAUCCCAGCAGGAUGGAAGUGUAACAGAUUCUGUGGCAAACAGCGAAUCUGCUCACAUGCAAACUCAGACUGGUCAAAAUUCAAUUCCUACUUUAGCUCAGGUUUCUGUAGCUGGAUCAGGCACCGGAAGAGGCUCUCCAGCUGUAACUCUAGUGCAGUUACCUUCGGGCCAAACUGUGCAUGUCCAGGGAGUAAUUCAGACACCACAGCCAUCGGUUAUUCAGUCACCACAGAUACAAACUGUUCAGGUAGCAACAAUUGCAGAGACAGAUGAGUCUGCAGAAUCAGAAGGUGUAAUUGAUUCUCAUAAACGUAGAGAAAUCCUUUCACGAAGACCCUCUUAUAGAAAAAUACUGAAUGAACUGUCCUCUGAUGUGCCUGGUGUUUCCAAGAUUGAAGAAGAAAAAUCAGAGGAAGAAGGAACGCCACCUAACAUCGCUACCAUGGCAGUACCGACUAGCAUAUAUCAGACUAGCACGGGGCAAUACAUUGCUAUAGCCCAAGGUGGAGCAAUCCAGAUUUCUAACCCAGGAUCUGAUGGUGUGCAGGGACUGCAGGCAUUAACAAUGACAAACUCAGGAGCUCCUCCGCCAGGUGCCACAAUUGUACAGUACGCAGCGCCAUCAGCCGAUGGCACACAGCAGUUCUUUGUCCCAGGCAGCCAGGUUGUUGUUCAAGAUAAGGAAACUGAACUUGCCCCAAGGCACAUGGCUGCCGCCACUGGUGACAUGCCAACUUACCAGAUCCGAGCUCCUACUACUGCUUUGCCUCAGGGUGUAGUGAUGGCUGCCUCGCCGGGGAGUCUGCACAGUCCCCAGCAGCUAGCAGAAGAAGCCACACGCAAGCGAGAGCUGAGGCUUAUGAAGAACAGGGAAGCUGCCCGGGAGUGUCGCAGGAAGAAGAAAGAAUAUGUCAAAUGUCUUGAAAAUCGUGUGGCUGUGCUUGAAAACCAAAACAAGACUCUCAUUGAGGAACUCAAGGCCCUCAAAGAUCUUUAUUGCCAUAAAGCAGAGUAACUGUCUUUGACUUGGACCUUGUUUACUAUGAACUCUAAUCAAGGCAGGAGAUGCAGCAGUUCUACUAAUUGCCAUGUGGACUCGUGGAAGGGAUACUUGUGAUCCUUAGGAAUCCAGUUGGGCUUAGUGUUUGACGUUGCAUUGGGAGUGUUGUUCCAAGAUUUGGAAUGCAACCAUGAUCACUUUACCACGCUUACUUCAAUCUCUGUGUCAGUAGCAUGCAAAAAUGUUCUGUUUGCCUUUUUGCUUGUGCGUUUUUCAGGGAAGCGGCUAAAGAAUGUCGACGUCGAAAGAAAGAAUAUGUAAAAUGUCUGGAGAGUCGGGUCGCAGUGCUGGAGGUCCAGAACAAGAAGCUCAUAGAGGAGCUGGAAACCUUGAAAGACAUUUGCUCUCCCAAAACAGAUUAGUAGAAAUAUUUAACUAUGAACUGACAACAGCAUGUGUACAGUUGCUUUUGAAGGCAAUACAAUAUAUAGCCAGCAAGAAUGAUGACUUUUUUCCUUUGUAUCAUUCACCUUACUCUCUAAUCUCUAACAUUCCUAAAAUACUUCAUUGUACGUAGUUAAGUCUUAGCUAUGACUUCAAUUUUUUUAAAGCGACAAACUGUAAAAAAAAUGUAUGUAACAGAUUCUUAAAAUGCAGUAUUUUCCCAUGCCACCUAUUUGCAGUUCCCGAGCUCUGUGUCAUGAAUAGUGUCCUAUGCAAUAAAAUUUUUUGCAGGUCUUUAAAAAUCAUUUUAGGGAAGGAUGAUCAAAGAUAAUGCAUCCAGCAGUACAGUAAAAUUCAAUCACAAAAAAAUACCUCAGGAAAGAAUUGAAAGAAAGUAUAUCUAAUGAUACGUGUAUGUGAGAAUAGCCUAGAAAUGAACUUAUGGCAUCUGCAGAUUUUUAUAUUAGUUGCUUUGUAAAGAAAAUAUUAUAUUGCUGUCCUUGAAUGCCAUAGUUGAAGAGAGUUUUUAAUAGAACCAUGUUGGUUGCACUUUGUAGUGUUUGGUGCUCAUUUAAAUAUCUGAACAUUUGCUACGGUUUUUAAUUCUAUUGUGUAAUAUAAAAGGUCUUGCAGAAGU